AUGGACGCAGCUAAAGCAGCUAUUUCGAAGUUUACCUCUCACAAGGGCCAUCAUACCUCAGUGGAAGAACAUGUUCAACCAGCAGUGACCCAGGAAACGGUCAAGCCUCAUCGUCAUGAGGAGGCCACUCAGGCCGUUGAUCGAGAAGUUCACCAGCAACAUUACCACACGACAGUGCAACCCCUCCAGCACCAAGAAGUUCUACCAGAGAAGCAUACCCACAACGUGCUUCCCACUGAAAACCGAGAGUUUCGCCAUGGCAAUGACCACGAAACACAACAACGACUUGCAUCCGAGUUGGCCAACUUCAAAGACAGUUCGCGAACUGAGCAGACUCGUCAUACGACUUCGGCCGGAGGAACUGUAACCGGAGAGCAUGUUCAUCACCACGUCCAUGAGACUGUGGUCCCCGUGGUCCACAAGGAAACCAUUCAGCCCGAGGUGGUUCAUACUACGGUUCCUAUUCAUGAAACUCAUCAUGCAGCUGCCCAACACCAUGGUCUUUCGGCACUGCCCAUGAAGACUCUGGAUGAAUUCAAGAGCAGCGGAGGCAAACUUACGGGUGCUUCUGGUACUCACGGAGUUUCGCGUGAAGAGUACGACGGCGCUCCUCGUCAAUACAACGAAAAGCUAUCGACAACUUUCGACAAACUUGGUUUGGGCCAUCAUCAGCAGCAGACUGGUUCAGGAGUGGGUGGUGUGGGUAAUCAUACCACCUCGGGUACUGGACAUCAUGGCGUCGGCACAGGAGCUGCCGGCGCUGGCGUUGCGGCUGCCGGAGUCGGAGCUGCAGCUCAUCAUCGCCGUAGAGGUUCAAACAGCUCAUAUAGCAGCAGCAGCAGUGAAGAAAGUGUCGGAGGGACAAGAAGGAAGAAGGAUAGGCUGUCAAGAAAAGCCGUUGGUACAGGUGCGGGAGGAAUUGCAGGCACACAUUCCACUGGAGCUUCUGGCACUUCAGCAUCCAACACGAGCCAACAUAAGCCAAGUUUGAUGGAUCGUCUAAACCCUCGCAAAGACGCUGAUGGAGAUGGGAAGGCUGGCUUCAAUGACUGA